UCAACUGAGCUCAGGCAGAGGCCCUGCUGGGUUUUUUCUUAGCCUAAUUUAGGAAUACUGGAACUGAAGCUUAAGUUCUGUGGCUGAGCUAUGACACCUUGAUGACUGAAAACAACCUAGCCAAUGUUUUUGUCAUCAGACAUUGGGAUUACUGAACCCUACUUGAGGGUUUCUAUACCUGGGGUUGCACGUUGACAGAGCGACUGGGUUCCUCUCCUUGCUGUUUUUCCUCUCCUUUCUUCAUCAGCUCUGCUUUGCUUGCAGGUAUGAUGGCAGCCAAUUCCGUCGCUCUGGGUUUAUUCUGCAUGAGUUUUUCCUGGUUGCUGGUUCGCCCUGAGGAUCUCUGGAGGCAGCAGCAGGCCAAGGUGGAGAACUCUAGGUCCUGUCCUUGGCGAUGCAUGAGCUUUGUCCAGAUGUGGCCUGGAACCUUCUGCAUAGCUCUGGGAAGGAGGUUUGAGUGCGUCCUGCCGAAAGACGCAAACACCUGGACCAUUCAUGGAUUAUGGCCCAGCAACAUCAUGGGCUGCUGCCCAUAUAGAUACCUCUUCCCCUCCGACCUGGUGGACUUGACGUCUGAACUGAACGAGCAUUGGCCAUCCUUCAUCAACCUGAGCAACUUCCAGUUCUGGGAGAAAGAGUGGCAGAAACACGGGAGCUGCGCCGGCUGCGUGGAAGCGCUCAGCUCUCCCGACAAAUACUUCCGAGCCGCCCUUUUCCUGCGCACAAAAUAUAACAUCGACAGCGCCUUUCAAAGAGCAGCCAUCACCCCAUCUUGCAUCCAGAGCUACCAGCUCAGCACCUUUGUGACUGUGUUGCGGCCCGUCCUGGGAGACCAAUAUGAACUCCAGUGCGUGACCGACGUCCAGGGGCGUCAAAUAUUGGUGCAAAUAAAGGUUUCGCUCCACAGCAAUUUCUCCUCCAGCUGCAUCGAAGACUCCGACUACAACAUCUCCCCUUAUAAGCCCUGCAGGAGCGAGAGGACGGUUUUCUAUUUUCCCACCAGCCAGAAGUUCCCACGCAACCCCUGUCCCUGACUCCAGGCAGGCAGAGAUGUGUAGGAGUGCAAAUAUUCAGAGUGUGGGGUCAGGUGGGAUUACUAUGAGGAAUUAUAAAAUAUGCAUCAAGCCACGGUGUCCACGAUGAAUGCAUUUGAUACACUGACAAUAAUUUCUGAUCAAAUCCCACAAGCCUGUACACAGCCCAGUUACUUCGCCUGGGUCAUCCUGGGUCAUCAAAGACAGUGGGCAGUUUCUUUGAUGUAGCUUUUCUGAUAUGUUAAUCUCAGGAUGUUAAUCUUAGGGCCAGGAAACAGGUUUCACCUGAAGGUGAUAAUGAUCGCUGUCUUCCUGGCCACCCUUCUUAUCAUGUG